AUUAUUGUAAAAAAAUGUGAAUUGUGUUUUUAUUUUGGUCCUAAAGAAAGAAUAAAAUAAAAUACAUUGUACAAUUGUCUCAGUACUCCUAAGGAAAUAAAAUAAAAUAAAAUUAUAAACAUGUCUGCACUACAGAAAAGCAUAAUGAAGAGUAAAUUGCCGCCCCUUUGCCCAAAACCAGCAAGUGGAAAGAUGGCUCCGUUUGGCAUGGCCCGCCGCAAGGAUUACAGUCCAGUGCCGUGGCAGCAGUACUUUGAGAAGUAUAUGGACGUGGAGGCGGAAGGGGGAACGUUCAGGGUAUACUUGUCUCCGGAGCCGGACCAUUCAAGCAGGCCUCGGCUGGUAACACUGCAUGGCGGAGGGUACUCUGGUCUGAGUUGGGCACUUUUUACAGAAGAAAUAACAAACAUGAUCCACUGCCAAGUGAUCUCAAUGGACAUCAGAGGGCACGGAGAAACACAGGCUGACAACCCGGAAGAUCUGAGCGCUGACACCUUAGUAAAGGAUGUGGAGCAGGUAUUACAUAAGCUGUUUGGCGAGGAGUUGCCCCCCAUAGUUCUGGUGGGGCACUCUAUGGGUGGCGCAGUUGCCGUUCGAGCGGCGUUACUACCGUCGUUGGAGCCCUACGUCCACGGCAUCGCUGUUAUCGAUGUUGUAGAGGGUACGGCGAUGGACGCUCUGGCGAGCAUGCAAAGCUUUCUCCGCGGACGCCCCACGCACUUCCGAGCGACCUCAACCAUGUCCAAAUGGUUCCACAGCGGAUCCGCCACCGUGACGUUCUCCAACACGUUCGGCAGCUGCCCGGCCGCCCAGUCCAGGUCACUCGUGUCCACAAAGCCGUCUGAUGCGCCGUGGAAGAGAACUACCGGCAUCGUACUCGUGCCCAGAUCGUAUGCCGGAGGUUCAGCCACCCCUGUCUCCGGGAGUGAAAGUUGCCUCGAACGUUGCCGAACCACACAUCGUAGCAGUGCUGAGCUAAGACGAACCCGGGCGCCUCCGGCCCGGAGUCAACAAAGCACUCGGCCGAUUGGAGCAAGCCGUGGACCAGCAACAAAGGAGUUUUCUUGGUGCAUUUCUUCCCAGGCGGUAUCCUGUGCAUCCGUUAGAAGUGGCCAAGUCAGGAAUGUGGAUUCUGCCAAGGUGUCGAUGCCGAGUCAAAUCGUUAACAGUGAAACGAAUCGUCUGGCCACUAACGAGCUAGACUCGCACACUCCCGAAGAACCCCACGCGCCAGCGCCGAUGCCGAUCACACCGGCUGCAGAUUGCAUAGCUGAAGAGCCUGAGGACGGUGACGUGGCUAACUUCACGCCGCCACCAGCGCCUACACGCGGCGACGGAGACACCAACAUGAGAUACAAAUGGCGCAUCGACCUUUCCAAAACCGAGCGCUACUGGUCUGGCUGGUUCCAAGGUCUCUCCUCGCGGUUCCUGUCAGUGCGAGCUCCUCGUCUUCUACUCCUCGCUUCCAUCGAGGGUUUAGACCGGGAGCUGACUAUCGGGCAGAUGCAAGGCAAGUUCCAGAUGCAAGUUUUGACCCGAUGUGGACAUGCGGUGCACGAAGACACUCCCGGUGAGGUGGCGCGCGUGAUCGCGGCGUUCCUGCUGCGUCACCGCGUGACCGAGCCCACGCCCGCCGGCGAGCACUUGAACCUCGUCUCCGCGCCCGGAUGCUAAAACACUCGUCAUGCUCGCGGCCCCAUGGUUUAUCAGAGUUCAUUAACCCCCCCUAAGAUGUCGACUGACGUUUAUGCCUAUUGUCCCAGAUUUGUAAGAACCUCUUUUUGACACAUGACAGCGUCCACAAAACGUAAACUCGCGCAACCUAAUGAAAUUUUAAAUAAAAUCCUGUAAUAAUAUUUAAAAAAAUCAAGUACUC